AUGGCCGACAAUGUUGAGGAAGAAGUGCCUUUGAUUUGCAACAGUAAAUUAGGAUAUGACAAAACCAGGCUUAUAUCAGUUGAGUUUCCUGGCUUAGUGCAGAAUCCAUCUCACAUGAUAGAUUGCCUUGGAGGCGAAGAAGAGCUUUAUAAAGUUUUUUCUAACCAAACAAGACGUCUUCCAAUGACAUUACGUCCUCAAGACCCUUAUUCCAAAGUCAUGUGUGGUGAUCGACAACCUUCUUCAAGUUUACUGUUAAGGGUGAGGCGACGGAAAAAGAAAAGUACGGAAGGUAACGAGUAUCAACAAGAGGUUCUUGGUAUUGUGGACACAACAUACAGAUUCAGUUGCUUAUCAGACUAUCAAUAUCUGAGCAAGGAUUCGGACUACCCUUUAUCACAAGUCGAUGGUCUGGAAGUGCUGGAAAAGGAUGUGCCAAGAAAUAUAUUCCCACCAAUAUUCUCAAGAUUCGAGAAACCAAUCAACUAUCUAUUUCAACCUGAUAUACAACCACCGCAAGCUAAAGAGAUAGUCAAUGCAGAUAAUGAGGAGGAGAGGUUAGUACAAUACAUUAAUCUCAAUUCUUUAGCCACUAUACAGGACGACAACGUAGAAGUCAUUCACAAACUGUUUAACAUCCGCCCUAUAUGGUCCCGUAUGGCAUUACAUGCACACAUGACUGUAAACAAAGRAAAACUAAAACAGCUUCUGUCUUUUGUUGCAUAUUAUUGUACAAAUGGGCCUUGGAGAUCAUUAUGGGUUAAGAUAGGAUAUGAUCCAAGGAAAGAUCCUAGUUCUAAGAUAUACCAACUGAUUGACUUCAGAAUUGGAGCCCGCAGAGUUGGCAAGAACAUUCCCAUCCCAACGAAAAGGCAUCAUCAUUAUAAUUUACCAUUUUUAAGAAAACCAUUAAUCACAGAGAGACGAACAGUAAAUUUGAACCAGACUGAGGAGAAGGAGGAUAGACAGGAUGAUGAUUUACCUUAUGUUUUCUCCUCCAACAAAUUACCUGUAUAUAGAAAUGUCUUUUAUCAGCUAUGUGAUUUACACAUUGCAGAAGUUCAAGAGAUUAUAACUGCCAAUGAUGGGCAGGAAGAAGAAUGCCAUGAAAAGGAGGGAUGGGUUGUCCCUGGAUCUUUGGAUAAGAUACGUGAUAUUCUAGUCAAACAUACCUUGUCUUUUCUGGAGAACAUUAAAAAGGAUCAUCAGAGUGCUGAGAAAGACUCUGGUAUACCAUGGGAGCAACAUGAGGAGGUCAAGAGUUUCCUAGAAAUGCUUGAAGGUGAUGAUGAUGUUGAKACAUAUGAUGUGUUUGGCAAUGAUUCUGAUGACGACGAUGUAAUUACUACACAAAUUUACUAGGUUUAAGUAGCAGACAAAGGAUWKGAAAAAGCUGCUGAACACUUAUCAGUAGCAAACGAAAAAUAUGCAUGAAAAUGUGGUGUGUUGUGCAGAACUACUUCAAAAAAACAGAUAAGAAGACUUACAACAAAGGCAACUGCAAGGUUKCAAAAAUGUAUUGUGUUUAUUUUUACAAAUUAUGAGGUAAAAAAAUGUAUAUUAUACAUUUGUYAAUGUAAUUUAACAAGAACACUUUUCAAACAUUCAUUACAAAAUAUUUAACCAAUAAUUUUCAUUAUUUGCUAUAACUUAAUUUAUAAUAUUUUCUUUGUCAAUUCACAACAUAACCAAAAAGACUCCUUCAUCAGAACAACAUUGUCAAGGGCAUCUUGUAAAUAUUUACAACAGAAUUCUACUUAAUUUAAAAGCUGAACUUUUA